AUGCAUCGUCAGUGUGUUCCAAAAGGUCACCAUAAGCACAUGCCGCAAUUAGGUGAUGACGAUUUAUUCAUUUGCCAUGACUGUUAUAAAGAGGAAAGUGAAGACGAAGAAGAACGAUCUAGUGAAUGUUCGGGAUUGAAUGACAGAGAAUCGAGGAACAGCGAUGGAGGUGAACAAGCUAUUCGAAUGGUACCAGACAGAAAAAUCUAA